CAGUAGCGAGCGGGUAGGAAACUAACGCUAAGCAAAAAAGGAAGGUGAGACCGAAGGUAAAUCCCGGGGAAAUAUGGAUAUUAUCCAGGUCAACUGAUUGAUCGGUGUUCACAUUACCAGUACAGUGAAGAAAAAUGUCCAGUAUAAGCCAGCACUAUGGCUUCCAGUCAGCCACCAUGGUGAAGCCUGCCAAUGGCGGUCAUGCCUAUCUGUUUGGAAACAAUGGCUCAGAGAAUGACCUGUCUGAGGAGGAUGGGGAGAGCAAUGAGCUGCGGCCGCGUGGCAGAGAGAGGCUGCGGAGAAGCACCUCCAGAGAGAGGAUGGACGACAUUAUUUACCUGACCAGAGAGAUCCAGGAGGGGGACACCCUGAACAGCAUUGCCCUGCAGUACCAUUGCUCAGUGGCGGAUAUAAAGCGCUCCAACAACCUCUUGACAGAGCAGGACUUCUUUGCCCUGCGGUCAGUCAAGAUUCCUGUGAGGCGCUUCAGUGUCCUCACUGAGACUCACAGCACUGGACCUCUCAAAUCUGCCUCCCCCGCAGCUGCCAGGCGCCUCCACCAGAUCUCACCUGUUACCUCCCUUCCCGCCGAGUCCUCCACAGACUCUUCCUCUUCCACCGACAGUGUGGAAGGAUUUCUAAUGGAGAAGGACAAGGACAUUGAGCGGCUGGUGAAAUCCACAGGUCCGUCUCGCAGCAGUCUGAAUGAGGUUGUGUCCUCCUUAACGCUACAGCAGCCGCUUCUAGGAGAAGUGGAGUAUAAACCGGUACAGAGAAAGGACCCUUAUUAUGGGGCAGACUGGGGCAUGAGGUGGUGGAUGGCUGUGGCUAUUAUGCUGGUUGUUGGCAUUGUCACACCUGUGUUUUAUCUGCUUUACUAUGAGGUUCUUGUGAAAGCUGACGUCAGCCAUCAUGGCAUUCCUACACAAGCUCAUGGCAACGGACCUCAUGGACCUCUCCAAGGCAAUAAUUUAGACCUCCCUGUUGGAGACAAGGCAGGGGCUGGACACAAUGAUGGCAAUGUGGUUAAUGGAGAUCCACAGGGACAUGUGGACAAAGCAGGAGACGGAGGGCAUGAGAAAACAUAAAAAGGGAUUAUUACUUUACCUCCACAUUUGUUGCCAACUCAGACUUAAUAAGACUAGGUGGAUGUUCCCAUUGAUAUGUUGUUUUUUAAUAGGCUUAUACAGCAAUGCAAUCUGUCUGACAAGGACAGUCACUUUGUAGUGAGGGCAUUCAUUUUUAUAUGGUUGAGAAACUAGGAAUAAGGGUGUGGCCACUGUCAUUCCUGGUCUGUUUAACAUUACAUGCUUUCCAACAAGGAGUAACAAUGGGCUAAAACAGUUAGGCGUUGCUGAACUUUUCGAAUAGACGGAUACAUUUGAGUCAGUGUAGCCAAUGGACUUGAGGUAAUGUUGUAGUUAUCUAUGCUGCCGCGUUCUCAGUAAGCUACACACAAACUAUA